AUGGAACUAAGCAGAGACAACAGCUCUGGCACAGGCCCUUCUGCCCUAGGCAAAAGGCAUGGCCGAGCCACAAGAGUAAGUCCUGACACCUCCGCAGCUCAGAGUCGGCGGGAGCCCCUCCCACCCCACGGAGACGUAGGGCGGGGCAGAUCUGGGCGCCGCGACUCCCAGCCCGACCGGACAGCGGGCUUUCCCGAACCCCGCCUCGUUUGCCAAGGAGGCGGAAACCGGGGGGAGGGGGAGACGGCCAGGAGGAGUGGCAUCACGGCUCUGUACGGCCCCUCCGGCCAACCGGAUCCCGAGAAGGCGGAGGAAAGCAGACUUCACGCCCCUCCCUGCCGCGCCCCGAAGCCACACGCGGGAGACCCCUUGCCCGUCCCCCAACCCCAGCAUGCCAGAGCGCGGCUGCCCAGCCGAGGCCCCGCCCACCUCGGGAGGACAGGGAGGCCCCGAGAACGGAGCAGGGCACAGGCCCGCCGAAGCGGACUGGCAGCCUCCUCUCCGCUAACGAAACGGUCACAGGCCCCGGUGCCCAGACUGGGAAGGAGGGAGGGAGGGAGGGAGGGAAACUCCGAGGGGGGAAGGGGAGGGGGGGAAAGAUGGAGAAACCGUCUCCGCCGCCUCUACCGCCGCGGCCGCUUCUCUGUUACCCGGGAAAUCCCGCCCACUCCCCCGGCCCGCCCCGCAGAGGGAAGACUCAACUUCGCUCCACCACAGGCCGCAUUAUCCGCCCGUCAAAGACUUAACCAAUCCCAGUACCCUGCUUGCCGGCUGCCCGCCCCUUCCCCCUCUGCUGGGAAGGGGGGGGAGCCGCUCACCUUCUCCACGCCCCUAUUGGCGGGGAGCUUCCCUAACUCAACCCCGCCUAUUGGAGACGAAUUGCUGAAUCCCACCCCCAAGCCUCAACACUAUUGGAGGAAGCAGGGGAGCUCUUCACGUCUCAUUGGAGGACUCCACACAUCCCGCCCCGUGCGGGCUCAGCCACAGGCCCAACAAGUCGGCUCCCGCCCUCGCCGGUCAUCGCAUUGGAAGGCUACCCCUGGCUCUCUCGCUGCCCCAGGAAGAGACUGAAGUGCAGAGAGUUCCAGGGCCCGAAACAGGAGGGGACGCGGAGCUCAGCGGCCGGGAUCCCAUGCCCUGGGACUUGAAAGGGAGAGGCAGAGCACUACCACCGUGGAGGACCCCCUUACCAAAAAAAAAAAAAAAAAAAAAAAAGAGAGAGAAAGAAA